AUGCCGCUCAUGCUCCUACGUCUGAACUGCGCACCGCGUGGUCGCAAGUCCGAAUUCCGUUUUCGAAAGCAAGAGGAGGAAGCUGAAGAUAAUGGCUUAGAAGAAGAUUCGGGAGAUAGCCAGGAAAAUGAAGAGACCAGUUUGGAGCAAGAAAAUGAGAAAGUGCUCGAGAUAUUGGGGGAAAGUGAUAAAUCUGAACAGCUUAAAGAAGAGGCUCCAGAAGUGGAGGAGUCAGUUGAUCAAGAUGACAGUUGUGUAGAGUCCCUGAAGACCAAAGAAGAGGAUGUUUUUGUCACCAUUGAGUCUGCUGAUAACACAUUAGAUUUAGAUGAUGAAACAAAUAAAGAGUGUGAAGAAGAAACUAAUCCUUUAGGUCCAGAUGAUGGGGAGUCUUUAGAACAGAAUACAGGAAAGGACACGGACUUUGAAAUGGUAGCCAUAGAUAGCACAGGUGGGCAGAGUAGCCAAAUGCAACCAUAUCUUGAUGAGAACUUGGAAUAUGAGAUGAAAACUCAACCCGAGGAAGAAGCUAAAGAUGGUGAAAAAGCAUUGAAGGAUGAAAACACAGAAGAAGCAUCUACUAAAGUAUCCUCUGCAAAAGAGGACGAUCAGAGAAUGAGUUUGACUGAAGAAGAAACUGACAGAAACGUCAAAACCGAUGAGAAGGGGCAAACUGGUAACAGUUCUGGCAGGAAUCUGUGGGUUAGUGGCCUUUCAUCUACCACAAGAGCAACUGACUUAAAGAAUCUCUUCAGCAAGUAUGGGAAGGUUGUUGGCGCCAAGGUGGUAACUAAUGCUCGUAGCCCUGGAGCUCGCUGCUAUGGAUUUGUAACCAUGUCCUCUUCAGAGGACGCAACAAAAUGUAUUAAUCAUUUACACAGAACGGAGCUUCAUGGAAGGAUGAUUUCAGUGGAAAAAGCAAAAAAUGAGCCUGCUGGUAAGAAACCUUCAGAAAAGAAAGAAAGUGAGCCAAAAAGAGAGAAAUCGUCCAGCAGUGACCAACGGCAUUCAACAGACAAGCAUGAAAAGUCUUCACCAAGCUUAAAAGAUGAAGCAUCUGAUAAAGGUGAUGAUAAAACAGCUAAGGAAAAAGCCAAGGAAGACCACAGAAGUGAUCGAUCUAGAACCAGCAAGUCGGGGAGUAGAGGAACUGAAAGGACGGUUGUCAUGGAUAAGUCAAAGGGAGAGCCUGUAAUUAGUGUGAAAACCUCAUCUGACUCAAAGGAAAGGAGUUCCAAAAGUCAAGACCGAAAAUCUGGGAGUAAAGAAAAGAGGGAAAUACUAUCUUUUGAUAAAAUUAAAGAGCAGAGGGAGCGUGAGCGUCAGAGACAAAGGGAGAGAGAGAUAAGGGAAAUGGAGAGGCAAAGGGAAAGAGAUAGAAGAGUGCGAGAGAGACUUUUCAUGAUGCGUGAAAGAGAAGAACGAGAGAGAUUAAGAAGAGAACGUGUCAGACUUCAGUUUGAAAGGGAAAGACUUGACAGGGAGCGAAUGGAACGAGAGAGAUUGGAAAGAGAGAGAAUGCGAAUAGAGGAAGAGAGGCGCAUCGAGCAAGAACGUAUCCAGAGAGAGAGAGAAGAAUUGCGCCGCCAGCAGGAGCGUUUGCGCUAUGAGCAGGACCGCCGAGGGAUAAGAAGGCCUUAUGAUGUGGAUGCAAGAAGAGAUGAGCCAUACUGGCCAGAUUCAAAACGAAUGGCUUUGGAUGAUCGCUAUCGAGAUUUUGGAAGAACAGACAGAUUUAAUGAUUUCGAGAAUAGAGAUCGUGGUCGAUAUAUGGAUCAUAUGCACCUGGACAGGAGGGAUGAUUCAAGGUCUGGCAUGGGUGGCAGAGAUAUGAAUUACUCCGAUCGUCAUGGGAGAGAUCAGCGUGAUGGUUGGGGAGAUUAUGAUAGACGUGUAGAUGAUGGAAGGGUUGUGCCACCACCAGGAAGGGAUGGACGUGAUUGGGGUGAACAUGGUCGCAAGAUGGAAUCUGAUCGAUCAAGACCAGGUGACCGUGGUAUGCCAGGUUCAUCAGGGCAAGGGCACAUGACUAGAGGAGUGCAUGGGUUUAUUCCAAAUGAAAAUUCUCAAAAUAUGUCAGCAAUGGGGCUUCAAGGCGGCAACUUUGGAGGACAAAACAGACCUAAUGAACCACGGUUUCCACAUCGUUAUUAAAUAUUUCUUAAAGAGACACUUUUU